ACAACAAACGAAAAGAAGCUCCUUCUGACAUUGCUACUAACGCUCCAAAAAUCAGGAAGUCAUUUACUGCAGGAUUAUCAAACGUUGGAAAGAACGAAACGCGAAGUGGUUAUCAUCAUACCAAGCGAAUAUGA